AUGAACUCUCGGGAACUUUCUCUAGUUGCCACGGCAACUCUAGUUGGCGCCUUCGCCUCCGCAAUCGCUCUCCGUUUCUUUCACCAAUCCAAAACCAAUCCCACUCAAAACGGCACCAUCUCUUCUUCUACCGACCCUUUCGACACCUCCAAACGCAAAGGAUACUUGUCGUGGGAUGAUUAUUUUAUGGCUAUUGCUUUUUUGUCCGCUGAAAGAUCUAAAGACCCUAACAGGCAGGUUGGUGCUUGCUUAGUGAGUCAAGAUGGUAUAAUUCUCGGGAUUGGUUAUAAUGGAUUUCCAAGAGGCUGUUCUGAUGACAAGUUACCAUGGGCCAAGAAAUCAAAGACCGGGAAUCCUUUGGAGACUAAGUACCCUUAUGUUUGUCAUGCUGAAGUAAAUGCUAUUCUUAAUACAAACCAUGCCUCUGCUGCUGGACAACGGCUGUAUGUGACCAUGUUUCCAUGCAAUGAGUGCGCCAAGAUCAUAAUCCAGUCUGGAGUUUCUGAAGUCAUUUAUUUUGUGGAGAAAAGAUUAGAAAAUUCAGAUGUUGCAUACACUGCCUCUCACAAGCUACUUUCCUUGGCUGGUGUUAAGGUCAGGAAACACCAACCAGUGGCGAGUGAAAUUCAUCUGAAGUAUGAUGAGCACUAG